AGACAAUAUGGUCUGUUGAAUUUUGCAAUUGGGACAACCUCCAAUACAUUGAAAACAUAGAGAUAGUUGGGUGCCAAGAGCUAAGGCGUCUGCCAGAGGGUAUGCGAAGCUUAAAGCGUCUUACUCGAAUGAAAAUUUGCAACUGCAAUAAUUUGGUGACUUUGGUAGCACUCUAUUCACUCCAAGUUUUGUACCUUGUUGCUUGCCCAGUGCUAGCAUUCAACCUAGAAGCAUUUACAACACUUUCUCAACUGAAAAUUAAUGCUUGCCCAAAGAUGCAAAUUUAUUAUGAUGCCUGGAUGAAAAACAAUGAGGAACGACGAAGGGCAGCAACAGAAGAAGAAGAAAGAAGAAGAACCUGGAUGAAAGAAAAUGAGGAACAAUGGCGGGCAAUAGAAGAAGAAAGAAGAAGAAUCUGGAUGAAAGAAAUUGAGAAACGAUGGCAGGCAAUAGAAGAAGAUAAAUAUCACAUACGAGGAGAAGCGGCAAAAGAAUACGGGUCAGAAGAAGAAGAAGAAAGAAGAAGAACCUGGAUGGAAGAAAAUGAGAAACAAUGGCGGGCAUUAGAAAAAGAAGAAGAAGAAAGAAGAAGAACUUGGAUGAAAGAAAAUAAGGAACGAUGGUGGGCAAUAGAAGAAGAAAGAAGAAAGAAGAAGAAUCUGCAUGAAAGAAAUUGAGGAACGACAGCGGGCACUAGAAGAAGAAGAAAGAAGAAGAACCUCGAUGAAAGAAAUGAGGAACGAUGGUGGGCGAUAGAAGAAGAAGAAGAAGAUAAAUAUCACAUACAACUAUAC